AUGAAGGCUGAUUCUGCUGAUGGAGAGCUGUUGCCUCCAUAUGUGGUCUAUAAAGCUAGUCACUUCUACGACACAGGGGUCAAAAAUGGACCUGAAGGAACUCGGUAUAAUAGAUCUGCUUCAGGGUGGUUUGAUGGAGAUUGUUUUAAAGACUGGCUUGAGACCUUGGCCGUACCAUAUUUGGAAAAUAAAGAAGGCAAAAAAGUACUCGUGGGGGAUAAUGUAUCUUCUCAUUUAUCUUUAAAAGCAGUUCAGCUCUGGAAAGAGAAAAAUAUUGAUUUUGUCUUCCUCCCCGCCAACUUAACCCACCUAACGCAGCCAUUGGAUGUUGCAUUUUUUAAACCAUUAAAGAAACCAUGGCGACAGGUUCUCGAACAAUGGAAAAAAACCGACGGCUGCGACAUAAUUUAUCCACUACAGAAAAGUCUACAGGAAAAGCUCAAUCAACAGAAUGUUUGUAAUAAUAAUAAUAAUAAUACGAUAAAUAUCAAAGAUAAUACAAUAUUGAACAAUCAGAAAAACUCGGCAAAACUAAUUAAACUAGGAAAAGAAAAUAUGACGACAGAAUGGGCGGACAAUACUGCGGAUGUUAAACUAGAGCACAAUGAAAAAAAUAACUAUGAAGAAAUAGAUUCUACUAACCAGAGAAAUAUAGAGGAUAUUAAUUUUGAUUACUAUAACCUGGAAUCUAUGCCAGUUAUUUUUGGUGAAGAUCUAGAACUAGGGUUCCAAGAAGAAGUUUUAGCAACAUAUGAAUUUCAAACACCGAGCGAAAUAAAAACAGAGAAAAAAAGAAAUUGA